UGGUGGGUGGGUGGUAAAGAAGGAUUACCGUUAAAGCUGGCGUUGAAUGAGGAGCUGGAAGAAUUUUGUCUGAAUUUAGGAAUUUUUUUGAUAUUUUUUAACUUUAUUUGUUCAUAGGAUUCUUGAAGAUGACAAAUAUUUAGGACCCAUUUUUGGUUUAGUGUUGUUUUUUAGCUUGGUUUAGUUUUGGUAACUUAUUUAAUUUAGGAUUGUUUAAAAAGUUGAGAUUUUUCCUUUUUUCUCCUGUGUUUUGAACCGACUUUUAAGUCAUAGAAGAUACUAUCAAAUACUAUUUAGGACCCAUUUUUGGUUCAAUGUAAUUUCUUAAUAAUAUUUUUAAUUUUUUUUUACUUUAUUUAUAUUUGUUUGGUUGUCUUUAUUGUAUUUGCAGAUCUAUGAAUGUGAAAGCUUCAAUCUUUUUUCUCUAAUAUUUAUUUUUCUUGAUAGAAUAAUUAGGUUUUUUACAUUUCUAGAAGGAAAAGGAAUCGACCCUUUUGGUUCUUCUUUCUUCUGAGCUCCAAAAAUCCUUUCUUUUCUUGUUUUUUUUUGUUCUUUUAACUGUUUUGUUCAUUUUGGAGCUCCUAUAUAGUAAUUUUAGCAGGAGUUUGAGGUGGGGUUUUGUGGUUUUUGAAAUAUCUGUGUUUGGUUGUGAAGUAAAAUUGGCUAAAAAAGCUUAUGAAGAAAAAAAUGGGUUGCUUUUCUUGCAUGAGGUUUAAUCGAAAAGAUGUAAGAGAUUUUGAUGAAGAUAUGGGUUCAAGAUCCAUCAAAUCUUCAGGGAAAGGUAGAAAAGGACGUUCUUUAGGAGGGAAAAGCGGGGAAAGCAACAACCAGAAGGGUAAUGUCGCGCGCAGUUUCACUUUCAAAGAACUUGCCUUAGCAACCCAGAAUUUCAGAGAAGCUAAUCUUCUUGGCGAAGGCGGUUUUGGAAGUGUGUACAAGGGCCGCCUUGAAUCAGGCCUGGUUGUUGCAAUCAAACAACUUAAUCUUGACGGUCUUCAAGGACACCAGGAGUUCAUUGUGGAGGUCCUCAUGUUGAGUUUAUUACAUCACAAAAAUCUUGUCAACUUGAUCGGAUACUGCACUGAUGGAGAUCAAAGGCUCUUGGUUUAUGAGUUCAUGCCAAUGGGUAGCCUGGAGAAUCAUCUUUUUGAUUUAGAACCAGGAAAGAAGCCACUGAGUUGGAGCACGAGACUUAAAAUUGCUUCUGGUGCAGCUCAUGGACUUGAAUAUCUUCAUUGCGAAGCGAAUCCCCCUGUCAUUUACCGUGAUUUGAAAUCUUCAAACAUAUUGUUGGACAAUGAUUUCAACCCCAAACUGUCAGAUUUUGGACUUGCAAAGUUGGGACCUGUCGGCGAAAACACCCAUGUUUCGACGCGAGUGAUGGGAACCUAUGGAUACUGUGCCCCUGAGUAUGCCAUGAGUGGAAAAUUGACUCUGAAAUCUGACAUUUAUAGUUUAGGUGUUGUACUGUUGGAGUUAAUAACAGGGCGAAAGGCUUAUGACAACUCUAAAGGGGCUGGAGAACAGAACCUUGUUGUUUGGUCUCGUCCUUUCCUUAAGGACCGGAGGAAGUUUGUUCAUAUGGUUGAUCCUUUGUUGAAUGGUCAGUUUUCCGUGCGCUCUUUGCACCAUGCAGUUGCAAUUACUGCAAUGUGUAUCCAGGAGCAAGCCAGUUUUCGCCCCAUCAUCAGUGAUAUUGUUGUCGCACUUGACUAUCUUGUUUCACAAGCAGAAAGCUCUGAUUCGCAAGGAGGUGGUUCACAAACUGUAAAGGAUAAUUAA